GGCACGAUGUUGGCGAGCCAGCUAGGAGUCCUCGUCCUGUCCUCCAUCUGCUCGGGAAUGCUGCUCCGCAACACCACCUUGUCCCUGUCCUCCUCCGAAGAGGAGGAGGGUUCCACCCCCGACCCCAACACCUUCCGCUGGCCCAGAGCGGACGGCAGCGGGCAGCCGCCCGAGGAUCAGCGCACGUGGUCUCCCCUCGCUCGCAGCAGACCGGUGAACAUGCCCCCCGCGGGUCAGCAGGGGCCGCCCAGCGGAAACCAGACCGACGGCUCCGACAGCCUGCGAAUGAUGGUCCCUGAUUCGCUCAUGCCCCCGAUGUCCGACCCAGCCAUCUGUGACAUGCUGUUCAACGCGCCGAUUCCACCGCCUGUGGACGCGAUUCCAUUCUUCUGCAUCUGCUCGCGCUGCAAAGGAACUGUGGGGCCCAAAGGAGACCGUGGAGACCGGGGCCUCCCAGGCAUACCUGGAAGCCCUGGGAGACGAGGGAUGACCGGGUUCAAAGGCUAUCGGGGAUUCACGGGCCCCCAGGGCAUAAAGGGUCAGAAGGGCGACGCGGGGGAGAAGGGACAGCUUGGCAUGAUCGGUUUUACCGGGAUGAAGGGCCAGCGGGGAUUCAAAGGGGAGAAAGGUGACCAAGGAUCGAUGGGCCCCGCAGGUUCCCAGGGGCCCCAGGGUGAAACGGGCACAUGCCCCGCCUCGUGUGAAAGUGUCCCCGGAGCACAUGGACCACAAGGAGCGCCUGGUUCAGUCGGAGCCCGGGGCCUGCCAGGGGUGCAGGGAUCUGUGGGGUCCAAGGGUAUCAAGGGUGACACGGGGGACCUCGGUUUGCCCGGGGACCCCGGUUUAACUGGUGAGAAGGGUGACCAGGGUGAGCAGGGGAUCUGUGAGUGCACAGAUGGAGCAGAUGGUACUGAUGGAAGACCAGGAGAAAGGGGAAGUAAAGGGGACAAAGGCGACACUGGUGCAGAGGGCUCACAGGGCCUUGUUGGGUCGAGAGGCAGCCAGGGUGAUAUGGGUCUCAUGGGGCCGCCCGGUCCCUGCUCCCCCGCCAUCCAAUCAGCAUUCUCCGCAUGUCUCAACCAGUCAUUUCCUAAAAAGGACUGGCCGGUUUCUUUCCCAGACGUCCUCAACAACAGGCAGGGGCACUACGAUCCAUUGAUGGGCACCUACACGGCCCCCGUCAACGGCACAUACGUCUUCUCCUUCCACCUGGCGACCGCGGAGAGACCUCUGAAGGUCGGAAUCUUCCGAAACUUCUACCCCAUCAUCAAAGCUACGGAGACGUCCACCCAAGCCACCACCAGCCAGACGAUUGUGCUCCACCUGGAAAUGGAUGAUAGGAUUUGGCUGCAGGUGAAGGACUACACAACCAACGGCAUGUUUUCUGGCAGUGAGAGCACCAGCACCUUCUCCGGGUACCUGCUGCACCCCGACUCCUGCGAUGUUCCCAUCAACCGACAUCAUCACCUUGUCAUGAAAUCUCCCCCUACGGGUGGUUUUGGCUGGGACGGUCCACAGGUCAACGCCACCCACGCACCCAAUUAGGCGCUAGUCAGCGAAAUGUUUUUAGUUAAAGCAUCCGCAGACACCCAAUCAAACUCUGUGGCUGUAUCUAACGCGCAUGUUUUAAAGGAGGGGUAUUUGCACCGUACGCUUCUUGAGAUGAGGUCAUGCAGUCGGGCUCUUCUCUGUCGUCUGAUGUGAUCCGUCAUCAAUCUGUAUCCCCUGUUUCCAGUACUCAAGUUGUAAAAAAAAAUCAGGGGGGAUGGUGGAUUUUAUCAUAUGGGGACAGAUAAUUUGUGCUGAUUACAAAUAAUAUAAUAUAUUACAAAUAAUAGCAGUGACCAAAACACCUGCAGAAAUACUGCAGGAAUGACAUAGCAGCAGUUAAAUGCAGCCUUCUGUAAGCUUUAAAUAUCCACUGGGCUUACAUCAAAUACAUCAAAACACAACAAU